AUGCCUAGGAAGACUAGAGCCCGUAGGACAUCUUUCUCUUAUUCUACUCCUUCUGUGGGCACUUUGUUUCGGAGUGAGAAAAGGCAAGAGUUGUAUGACACACUAAACCUUAAGAGAAAAAUUUGGGCUGAGCGUAAGGUUUUGUUAGAUGAGCCAGAUCCUGCCAUUAGGGCAAACUUUGAGCGUCGGGUGGUUGAUGCUUUUGGGGUACCCGUGGUCCCGAACCCUGUUUAUCCUUAUGAUGAGUCUCCUCCCCUAGACGACAUCAUGUCUUACAUCACUGGUUUAAAUGACUUCCUUACUUUUGAGCCGGUACACAUGAUUGCUUCCAUAGGUGCCACUUUUCUUAGGCAGAGGGCUGCUCAGAUAAGAGAGAGCUCUAAAUGCCCUCGAGAUGACCCUUCUGGUAUCGCACCCCCUCCUUCUUCUACAGGUACUACUUCUGGUGAGGCGUCUGCUGAUCCUGUUGUUGCUGCUGCUGCUGCCGUUCCUCCACCACCUACUUUGGAUGACUUUGACAUUCGUCAUACAUUGGAGAUUGUUAUGACCGUUCAAGCGGCUCAUGGCAUACUACACACAAUUGUGUUUCAUUGGGCAUUAGGUUUAGUGCGACCUAAAGACAUUGAUUUGGAACUUUUUGAUGUUACCUGUGUGCAAUGUGGAGAUGUGGAACUUGAAAAAAAAAUAGAUGAGAAGAUUGAGCACUUCAUUAACUGGGUAGAAAAACACCCAAACAAGAAAAUUCAGUUGUUGAAAUAUCUGGUAGGAAGGAGGAAAAGGGUGAAGCAAUUGAUGAGGACUGAAUCUGGUCUCAAAGUCCAGCAACUAGACAUUUUGCAACAAGCAUUAAAGCUCACUGCAAACAGAUUUGGAAGGAUUGAAGAAGGGAUUGAAAUGUUUCAGCUCAAGCUGAAGCAUAUUGAAGAAGGUAUAGCUUUCGGUGGAAUGAUCUCAAGGGAAGAAGGUUCAAAUAAUUGUCGAACAGGAAAUUUCAAGGUGGAUGUUGCAUCUUUUCUUUUUCUGCUUUCAUACUUGUUAUAUAUUCCAAGGUGCUUACAUGAUUUUGAUAUUCUUAUCAAUGCUAAAUACAUGGGAACUUGGCCUGGGCUUACUUGCAUCAAAACAAUUAUAGUUCUGCCGAAGAACAUUACAGGCAAGUUUUUCCAUUCUCUGAACUUGGCUCAUUGGGCUUAUUUGAUAAAAAUCUAGGCAUAAGCCCAACUUAUGCAGUUAAGCAUAGAAACAAAGUAGUCUUUAAGAACUCUACCUUUAAUCUCAGCUUGGCUAAAGAAGUGAAAGUGUGAAACUGACUUCAUAAUUAUAUAAUUGCUCAUAUAAUUUACUUGAUAAUUAUAUGACUAUUGUAGCUUUAAGUCAUAAAAAAAAAAUGCAUUUAGUAAAUAUAAUUUUAGUGCUUUUAAGACCAAAAUUUGAACUUUUCUUUUGUUUGAAAUGAAAACUAAAAACAGGGUAAUUUCUGGCCGAAUGUCUUGUUUUAACUUGUAAAUAUCAUGGCCUUUGAGUACUUCUCUAUGUAUCUGACCAUUUUUUGUAAAUAACGGUCAUUGACUGUGGAGAUUGAUUUGUAUAAAGAAUAAAAAAGGGCUAUGAUGCCCAGUUCAUGAAGUAAUCUACUGGACCCGUCCAAGGUAGGGAAAAAUAUAUCCUAUAGAGACGAAACAUAUACACAAUACAUGGGCAAAGUCAACCCAAGGGAAAUGUACUUCUCUUUAUUUAUUUUAUUAUUGUCUCAUGUUCUUUUUAUUUGUUGUUCUUUUUAUAUAACCUGUGAUAUUUUGUUCUUGAGUGAUAACAUGUUGGUUAUUUGUGUUUUUUAUUAUUUUUUGUAAAUAACGGUCAUUGACUGUGGAGAUUGAUUUGUAUAAAGAAUAAAAAUGGGCUAUGAUGCCCAGUUCAUGAAGUAAAGUAAUCUACUGGACCCCCGUCCAAGGUAGGGAAAAAUAUAUCCUAUAGAGACGAAACAUAUACACAAUACAUGGGCAAAGUCAACCCAAGGGAAAUGUACUUCUCUUUAUUUAUUUUAUUAUUGUCUCAUGUUCUUUUUAUUUGUUCUUUUUAUAUAACCUGUGAUAUUUUGUUCUUGAGUGAUAACAUGUUGGUUAUUUGUGUUUUUUAUUUUUUUAAUGCAUGACACAAAUCUGAGAAUCGAGUUGAAACCCUAGAUACGUACAUGGACAUAAUGCUGCGUGCACAUCCAUUUUGUUGUGUACGAAUUUUUGGGUAGAACCUAGAUUCCAAUUUUAUUUUUAUUUUUUGUCAUUUACUUGUUUUAUUUUACAGAUGUUGUAUAGUUUUUAUUUCUUUUUUCAUGUAAAGUUUUUGUUUUUUUUUCAUGUAGCUUAAUUUGUGUUGAGGGUGAAAUUUAUGCCUCUGAAUAAAAUAUUGGGAAGCUAAGCCGAAACUCAACUAUGGGCUCUUGAGGUGGUGCCCAAAGGCUUUCGGUGUGAUGACAAGCCUAUCCAAGCAAGAAACAAAGGCUGCACUUGGCAAAAAAAGCAAUAGAAGCAUAGUGAAAAAUAUUUUACAACACUUUAAUUAACACAUUAAUGGUCUUGUUUUGAUAGUUCGAGGGAAAUAAAUUCUCCAACGGUAAGGGUGAAGUUACACUUAAGUCCAACAAUCAACGAGUAUAUAAAUUUAGGAAAAAAAUGUUAACUCCUAGGGGUUCUUAUAUGUCUCGGUUAAGAGGAAUUUAUGGUACUUUCGGCCAUCAUUACAUCAAUGUGAGGGAAGAGUUCGAUUGUUAUAAAUAUAUCAUAUCCUUCAACAGUAAAAUAAAAGGUAAAAAUUAAGGGUUCCAUAGGAAGGAAAAAAGGAGGAUUAAUUGGCAUGGUGUGAAGGAAGAGAGAGAGAGAUCCCAGCUCAGUGUAGCAGGUAUUAAACUAAGGUUUUAGUGAAUGUGUGUUUGUUAAGCAUGAACGAGGUGUAUGCAGGCUGUUUUGAGGGAAUGAGAUAGGCUUAAUACUGAGAUUAAGGUUUUUUGUGAGUAGUGGGCUGUUUGUGGCUAGUUGGGAGACAUUUUGAGCUGUGGUUGUGUGAAAGGGAGAAAAAAAGUAUCUGGGAUUAGGUGAAUGUGGGCUGACGAUAAUGAGUGGUGAGCUUAAGGAAAGUUAAAACACCAGCAAAGUGGCAAACGAAUCUAGAGUUUCAGAGGGGCUAGCUGUCUUGCUAUGGGCCAAGGUGUUCAUGUUCUUAUAAUGGAGCUUUUGAGAAGCAUUAAUUAACAAGAUUCCAAAAACGUAGGACUAAUUAGAGGUCGUGAAUCAAGGUUAAUCUUCUUGGGAUUUUUGGUCAAAAGUAGGAGAUUUACUUUAGGGGCUGCCUUGCUUCUUUGGGUAAUGAUGAGAUUUUAGAGUGUUUUGCAUUAAAUGCCAGGAUUUUUGGGGCUGAGCUUAAUUAAUGGAAUUAAGGCGUAUAUCAAGAACGAACCCUAAUGCUGCAAACUAAUAUUCGGUUUCCCAAGAAGUAAGAUUCAACACCCCAAGUCAGGUGUCAAACUCUUAAGUCCAUUUUAGGGGGUUCCGCUGGAGAUCCCUUUAUGCCCUUCAAACCAAAUGUUCCCAAUAUUUCCCUUUUAGAAUUCAUGGGCUUGGCACAUGAAUCAUGUCUUUGAAUGUUUUUUUAACGUUUAUAGCAUUAAUUCAUUGAGGUUUGGGAUAAUUUGGUUUCAGCUCCUCUUCCGUUAGAGGUGCAGUCUUGGAGAAGGUGAUGGAACUGCAUUAUCCUUGAGACUUCAGCUGAUAUGAUAGCCCUUGAGCACUAUUCACGUCAGGUAGAGGGUGGCAGAAAACUGAUGGGACAGCCCCCUAGUUCAUCCUCAAAGGCUUGGUUCUCUUGUAGGGGUCUCCGAUUGUUCUUUGGUUUGGGAUGAAUAAGGGCUGGUUGUCCAUUCCUAAUCCUCUGCCUCCUGCUGGGGUCCUUUGGACUUGGGCUUGCUUACAUGGGCUGGUUCCUUUGGGUCGGUUUGUGUGCAUCCUACAAAAUGGACAACAGAUGUUGGCCUUGGGUUUUCAUUCCUCAUGGACUUUUGAUAGUACAUAUUUUGGGGUUUUUUUUUAUACACUUGCAAUGGGCCUUUGAUCAAUUAGUUUUAAUUUUUGAAAUAAAAGGACAAGUUUCCAAAAUGCCUUUGUAAAUAACCUUUGCUACGAUGAAUUCUAUAUUGUGAACAAUGUC